AUGGAGCAAAGGCUUGCAGGAUCAGUGUGUGAGUGUAUGGGAUGGCUAGAUGAGUACCAAGAUGAUGGGAAGAUUGAGAGAGAGCUAAUUGCCAAAAAAAAUGGUAAUUUACAGAAGGCAUUCACGAGAGGACAGCGGUGGAGACUGCAGGUUAAAACUGCUGGGGAUUCCCCAGAAUCACAGGAAUGGAAAAGAACCCUUGUGAUAUAUGGAUCAAAGGGCAAAAGUGAUGACAUUCUGCUUUCUCCACAAAGCCCAGGACAAAAAUGCUUUCUACCUAGAGCAAUGGAUGAAUUCCUAGUUGAAACUGGAGAUGUGGGAGAUGUGUACAAGAUUCGGGUCACCUGUGAUGAUUUGCCAGGCUUUGAGGGCUGGCAUUUAAAGUCUUUUCACAUGGACAAGCUACAUACGAAACAAGAAGUGAACUUUGACUGUAGCUGUUGGCUGUCUCUUAACAGAGGAGACAAGGAGCUGGUAAAAGAAUUCCCUGCAGUGAGUGAGGACCAGAAACCUUUACCAGUCCAUAAGUAUGUCGUCUCUGUACACAUUGGUGACCACUGGGGAGCAGAAACUUUUGCAAAUGUUUAUAUUACUGUUUAUGGUAAAAGAGGAGACACAGGUGUGAGAAAACUUCAAACAUCUUUGGUAAAAGGAGAAAAAUUUCAAAGGAGAAAGGUGGAUUCAUUUUUAGUCGAGGCUGUUUCUCUGAGUGAUUUGCAAAAGGUAGUUCUAGGACAUGAUGGAGAAGGUUACGGGGCUGGUAUGUACCUAAAGAUGAUAACAAUCCAGGAAUCACAGGACUCUGAAGAAGAAUGGAUAUUCCCAUGUUGGAAUUGGCUUGAUACUCACCUAGGAAUAUGCAACAAUGUUUGUGAGAUUAGAGCAAUUGGUAAAAGAUUGAUUUCUAGUUCUAAACUGCCUCAACCCAACAUGCAGUCCUCAGGUCUGUGGAUAAUGGACAUCGUUGGAUCUGAUUUGAACAUUGAAAUGGAUCCAAUACAUCUUUCUUUCAUCUUUUAUGGAGACCUGAAUCACAGAGAGUUGGCACUUCAGAUUACAGGAAAAGAAACCCAAAUCAAAGAUGAACUAGCAGGCAUUGGCUCAGUCUACAAGGUUCGAGUAGCUGUUCCACAAACCAAGUUAAAUCAACCUUGGCACUUAGACUUACUGCAUAUGAAGCACACAGGCACUGACCAGGAGAUGUGGUUAGCUUUUGACUACUGGUUCAAGCCUAAUGAAGACACUUGUGUAGAACUGCCAGCCCUCUAUGCAGAUCAAGAUCCUUUGCCUGUUGUGGAGUACUCCAUUUAUGUGCAUACUGGAGACCUGAAGAAAGCAGAUGCCAGUGGAGAAGCGUAUCUUUGUAUUCAAGGAGAAAGAGGUGACUCUGGGAAGAGAUGGCUUAGUUCAAGAAGUGGUCCAAUCACUUUUGCUAGAGGGCAGGUGGAUGUUUUCAAAAUCAAAGCAGUACACCUUGGCAAACUGAACCAAGUUCUUGUGGGAUUUAAGAGUCUCAAAAAAGAUGACUGGUUCCUGGAAAAAAUUGUGAUAAAGGAAGGCAGUUAUCCUGUUACCACACACAACUUUGUUCACAAUGACUGGAUCAGUAAACUUUCAAAGAAAGAUUUUGUAGAAGUAGCAAUCCCCCUUAAAGAAACAUCUGUGACUUCCGACCUUGUAAAAAACUUUGAUACUAGAAGCAGAGGCCGAUGGCAAAUGUGCAUGAACAGUACAAAUAUACCAGAAAAAAUACCUGAUAUUCAACUUAUUGUAUUUGGAACAAAAAGGAAGUCCUCUGUACAGAAAGUUCAGAAUCUGAAAAAUGAGCCAUUUUUGUUGACUAUUGAUGAUAUUGGGGAUAUAACAAAAGUGGCUUUUGUGUUAUCUAGUCAAUGCUUGAGAAGAGGAAUUAAACUUGACAAGCUUCGGCUAAAAGACCUGGACACUAAGCAAGAACUGGGAUUUUACACUACAGACCAAUGGCUCUUUGAAGAAGAUGGGUCAGAAACCGUGACAGAGAUCGCGGCAGUCAAACCAGAUAAAGCACCACUCAGAGAAGUUCUUUAUUCAGUCAGCGUUCAUACAGGAACAUUACCUGCGUCAGGAACUGAUGCAGAUAUCCUUAUCACAAUAUUUGGAGAGAAUGGAGAUUCUUGUAAAAGAAAACUCAGGCAUUCAAGGUCAGAAGCAAGUCUUGAAAGAGGUCAGAUUAAUACCUUUAGCAUGAAAGCAGUAGACUUUGGAAUGUUAAGGAAAAUGCUUGUUGAGCACAGUCAUGUGGGUUACGGAGCUGGAUGGUAUCUGGACCGAAUCACCAUCCAGGAAUCAGGCGAAAACAACAUCCAGUACGUCUUCUCAUGCCAAGAAUGGUUAGACAGCGGAGUUGGUGAUGGACAGAUUCAGCGAGAGCUGAGACUUCUUGGAAUAGUCAAGAAGGAGCACUUAACAAGAAGUAUUUGGGGGACUUGGGAUGUAAUUGUUGUGACUGAUGAUGUUUCUACUAGUUUCACAACCCCCAAAAUGACUUUGUAUGUUUGUGGUGAAAAAGGAGUGCAUGCUUCAGUCGUAUUCCCCAAAGGAUCUCCUAAAAAGGGCCAGAAUUAUCAUACAUCACUGGAAUUAGAUAAGAAAUUCCAUGCUAUAUGCAAAGUUCGCCUGGAAAUUGAAGAAGCCAGAAAUGGAGAGACUUGGUAUUGCCAAGAGGUAAAGCUUCAACACAGAAAAAGUAAAGAAGCUCUAGAAUUCCCAUUUCUUCGAAGCUUUACCAAAGAGGAAGGAUCUUCAGUGGCUGAACUUCCAGUUCUCACAGCUGGCUUUAAUUUUCCAACAGUAAAAAAAUAUAAUCUAUAUAUUACCACGGGUGCAUCUCCACAGUCUGGAACAGAUGCUGAUGUGUAUGUCAUGCUGCGAGGUUUCCUGGGAGACACAGGUCGAAGAAAAUUAGUGCAGAAAGGAGAGAAACUUUUCACCAAAGGAAAGGUGGAUGUUUUUCAAGUGGAAGCAGUAGAUCUUGGAUCCCUGCAAGAGCUGGUUGUAGAAAAAGGGAAAGGCUCGGAUUGGCAACUGGAGAAGAUUAUUGUUAAAGAGCCAACAUUUUCUGGGACAGAAACACUGUUUAUGGCUCAAACAUGGCUAAAAGACAGAAAGGAUGGGAAAAAGUUGGCCUCAGUAACUCUGAAUGCUACAGAAAUUCAGGAGAGGAGGAGCACAGCCACCUCGACAUUAGGAAACCAGCAAAUGAAAUCAGAAGGCACAUGGAAGAUUUAUUUCACGCAGCUUCAUGAUAAAACAACAGAAGGAUCUGAAGAGUUAAUAAAGAAAAUUUCUGCAUUGGUUAUGGUUUUUUAUGGAAGCAAUGGCAAAUCAAAUCCAAUUUCCAUGGAAAACAAAGUGGGACAUGAAGCUGAGGACCAAAUAACAUAUGAUGUGUAUUUCCCUUCUGACUUGGGCAUGCUUUAUAAAGUGAGACUUGGGCUUCAGGGCUGGGAAAAUAACACAUCCCAGUUGUUUCUACGUCAGUUUAAAAUGCAGAACACAAAAACCCUGGAUACCUUCAGUCUCACUAUAAAUAAAACACUUCCUCUUUCUCUUAAUGGAGACAGAUGGAUGGAGCUCCCUAUAGAGUGGCCAUUAAAAGAUGCACUUUCUGUGGUCACAUAUCAUGUAACAGUAGUUUCCAGCAAUGUUUUGAAAAAGAAAAGUGUAGUACAGGUGACAAUGUGUGUACAUGGAACCAAUGGUGACACAGGGGACAGACCCCUUCUCCAUCUGUUGCAGAAUCCUAAGCAAAGAGAAGAUAAUGAGUCCUUUACAGUUCACAUGGACGCUGUUGAAUUGGGAGAACUGCACAAAGUUGUCCUUUCCAUCCACAGCAAAACAGGCUGUAAACUGGACAUCAAAAAAAUACAUUUGAAAGAAGCUCUGAAGCCAGACUAUAUCUACAUAUUUGAAGUGAAUGAAAUGUUUUCAGUGAAUGCCGGUGAGCCUGAAAUAAGAGAAAUCCCAGUAUCUUUUGUUAUCAAGGAUGGAGUUGAACUAAAAAAUGAAGUAAAUCACACUUUACUUGAGGAAAAAAGUCCUACGGAAAAUGUGGCAGAAUAUAUAAUUAAAGUAUAUACAGGUGACAAAAGGGGAGCAGGAACUGAUGCUAAUGUGCAUAUUAUUUUAUUUGGGAAUGAAGACACAUCUGAAAUAUUUCAACUCAUAGAAUCACUGGAACACAGAGAUCCUUUUGAAAGAGGGAAGGUUGAUACCUUCAGAAUAAAGACAAAAAGUUUAGGAAGCCUACAUUCAAUUGAAAUUGGUCAUGAUGGGAAAGGAGUUGGAAGUGGCUGGUUUCUGGAUAAAUUAGAAAUAACAGAAGUAUCUACAAAGGAAAUGUUUUGUUUCAUCUGCAACAGGUGGCUUGCUGAGGAUGAAAAUGAUGGACGCACUGUAGUACGGCUUUAUUCCUAGUUACAUUUUUUAGGACUCAGACUGAAUAUGCCACGUCUACAAAUUCAUGCUGAUUUGAUUUAUUUGUAUUUUUAUAAUUAUGAAGGUACUGUAAUUAUUAUGAAAGAAUGUCAAAACAAUACAUUAAAACCUCAGAGUCAAUUAAACAUGUCUAAUGUGAACACCACACUGCAACCCUACAAGGAGUGCUUAAUAGCUUUGCACAAUUGAACUGUAAAUAAAGCAGAAAUUCCAAGCUAUGUUAAGGCUUUCUGAGUUAGAUGUGAGCAUUUGUCAUAUAAGCUAUAUGUAGUAACAUAUUAAGCAAAACAUCUUUUUUGUUAUUUUUGACAUUUGUACGUUAGUCAUAUUCAACACUUGGGUAAAAUCUAUAAUAAUGUCAAUAUUUAUUAAAUUUUACAUUUUCUUAAAAUCACGUCUUAAAUCACAGCCCUCUCCAGCAUAACCAUGCAUUAUAUUCCACUUCUCCACAUCCAUGUAGUUAAAUAACUAUACCCACUGAAAUUUGAUGCAUAAAUAUAUCCCAGCCAAGACCGGAAACAAGAAUCUUUAGAUCCUCAGGCUAUGUAAUGAGUGAGAAUCCUGAAACAAAGAAUCUAGCAGCUUCAUUAGUGAUAAUCAUCACACUCCAAUGAUUAUCUUUGGCAGCUCCCUGUGCAGUAUGUGAUUUUUGUGGAUCUCUUUCUUAAAAGGCAUUAAUGCUUUAAAGAAGACUAUUAUUUCUAUUGGCAUUACCAGUGUUGUUUUUUCUAGUAGAGAUGGGCCUGAAAUAAAAUCAAGAAUUGAAGAACUCCUGAAGUUUGGUGGUAAAGGCAAUCUGAAUAUACACCAAGUUCUAGAUGUGAAUUAUACAAGUGCACCUGUCCCCUUUGAAGACUGGCCCCAAUCCCUGUCUUAAACACUCCUAAAUCUUAAAUUCUGUUUUCAGAUCUUAACUUUAGUGCUUAAGCAGGCCUCUCUUCUUUCUUCUUCUCCCCAUAGUUUCUCUUCAGAGGGCCAUCAAAUUGUAUGCAGUAAGAAAUCACAUUAAAUAUUUAUAACUAUAGGAAUUAAAUUCAUUUGUAAUGCAUUCUGAGGAAUUAUUUGCAUGUUAUCAUUUUAAAGAAAUUAUAUGUUAUAUUCAUAAUCUCUCAUUAUUCUUUCAAAUAAAGAAAGUUGGCUGAUAGUUUAAUAGAAAAUGAGUCCUCAAUGGCUAAUUUGAUACAAGAUCUAAUAAAGAAAUGUAAUGGGUUCUGGCA